AUGAGCAGUACAGACUCGACUGCAAGGUCGAAAGCCGUCCUCAAUGAAGAGCGAUGGCGGCAGCAGUGGAAAGAAUGGGACACCAAUGAGCCUCUAUCGAAUCUGUUACGGCAGGCAACAGUCUUGGCGCACGACCAAGUCAUGCGCCCUCCCGUCGUCAACGACCUCAUCACGGGCAGAAUCGCUCGCAAGGAGCAUGUGCGCUAUCUGAUGAUGCUCUGGCACGUCUACGAUGCACUCGAGACUGCUCUGAGCGAUUUGGUGGAUGAUGAAGUGCUAUGUCACAUCUACCAGCCUGCCGAUCUUGCCAGAGCAGACGGUCUGAGCCAGGACAUUGCAUAUUUCCUCAGUCUAGACGACUCACUGACGACUUGGUGGCCAGAUACUUGGCAGUCUCACCCGAUCGCGCAAACCCUACUAGACACCACACCGGAACUUGUACACUACAUCGCACGCAUACACGCACUCGCUGGCACGACUCAUUCACUUUCGUCUUCCACUGUAUCCCCAUUUGUAUAUCCAGCGCCGAAACCAUCGCCGGCCUAUCUACUCGGACACGCAUAUGUCAGGUACAUGGGCGAUCUCUCUGGCGGUCAGAUCAUCCGCGCUUCCAUAGCUUCCGCGUACAGCUUUCCGGCCGAUUCCCGUGAAGGGCUGCAGUUCUACGCAUUCACUCGCAAUAGCGGUCCACUGGACGAACCGCAACAUAUCCGUCGGAUCAAGCAGCAAUUUCGAACAGGUCUCGAUAAGGCUGGACAUUUACUUUCUGGAGCAGACAAACACGCACUUCUUCAGGAAGCCAAUCAUGCAUUUGAGCUCAAUAUUCGACUUUUCUCCACGUUCUCGUCCGAUCCGUCCUAUGUCAUGGAACGCGUCGGCGCGCGCGCGGACAAGCAUAGCACAGCCUCGGCCUAUUUGCCAAAGAGUCGACCUGUUGACUCCAGGCAUCCUCGGAGAAUCUUGCGCCAGGCAGCGCUACUGGCUGUCGCCAUCUUUCUUACAGCGCUGCUGUUCAAUGCCCGGACUGCCGUCUCCGCACACUUGGCGCGGCUCAGCUGUCGACAAACUAAGCCAGCGCCCAUCGGCCGCGGGCAGCGCCUCUUCAGCCCGGCUCAUCAGCCGUCACUGAUAGCUAGGCGCCCACAUGAGCGAGCCUUGUCACGAUCGAAAGCGAAGCGAUUCAAUAGAGAUGACGCGGGCCCGGCCGCACGAUUCCUGGAGAUCUUUAGCCUGGCCAGGUCCCCGAUUGCCUGGAGAACAGGACCUGCGUACCUGCCGAGCGCGGUCAACUGGGCGCUAGGCAGCAUCGAAGGCCCGGUUGUCAGGACAGACAGCAGCAAGUGCCUAGCAGUGGGCGCAGCUCUCGAGGCGUCUAGCUUGCCGGGCAAGAGCAUCCUACCGUCGUCAUGCAAGUCCAGCUGUGACGCUACAGAACAGGACUCGAGCAUCGUUGCCAAGCUUUGGGCUCAUCCGUCCGAGGCAGAGGAGCGUGCUUCAAUCAGAGCAAUCCCGUCACUUGUCUACGAUCACCUCGACGACGCUUCCCAAACAGUCUCUGCCGAACAGCCCCUAUCAGCGGCAUCUUCUGCACUAGCUCCUUCCCGUCCGAGCGCACAAGCAGCAGCCAAUCUCUCUGCGACCUCGCUUGCACCCGCGAAUCCAGCAGCACACGACGCAAAGACCUCAGCAGCGUGCGCUCAGACUGCGCACCUUUGCGCGACUGCGACAAACGCUCCGCGAAGGGCCGUGCUCCGAGCCUGA